CCUAUAAAACUGAACUCAACACUUCGAUUCUGUCGUUCAUCACAUAUUGUUGGAAAAUGAAAAUUCUACAGCUUCUGACCUUGUUUACGUUCGUUUUUCUCUGCAAUAGUGCUCCUUCGCUGAGACUUUCAGAAAACGCAGUUGAGAAUGUCGCUCGACUACGUCAUCUACGCCCGGAUGAACUGGCUGAAGAGUUGAGUGGUGAGUUCGAGGGGGACAUGAUACUAACCGCAGAACAGUACGUCGACAUCUAUCGCAAAAAUGGCAUGUUGGCGGAAAAAUAUCGCUGGCCCUCGAACACGUUGUUGUACGAGAUUGAAGAGGGAUGGUUCGAGCAGGAUCAGAUCGAUUACAUCCACCAGGCAAUGCAGAUCAUUGAGGAUGCAACCUGUUUGCGGUUCAAAGUACGCGAUGAUUACGACAAUCCCAGCUUUAUCAAUAUCCAUGGCGAUAGUACUGGAUGUUCUGCCACUGUAGGUCAUAGCGGAGAAGGCCAACAUGUAAAGCUGAAACCGUAUCCAGUCGGCAAAGGAUGCUUCCGGCUUGGAUCCAUCGUACAUGAGUUGAUUCAUGCUGUCGGAUUUAGGCACAUGCAGAAUACACACAAUCGCGAUGAAUACGUUCAAAUCAUGUGGGAAAAUAUCGAACCAGGAAAGGAGAAAAACUUUUACCUAUACGGUCCGGAGAAAGUAGACAACUUUGGGGAGGAAUAUGAUUAUGGGAGUAUAAUGCACUACAGUGUAACGUCGUUCAGCAUAAACGGGGAGAAAACAAUUGUACCGUUGCAAGAAACGGACCAGGAGAUUGGCCAGCGUGAUGGAAUGAGUGAAAGUGAUAUCCUUAAAAUAAAUAGAAUGUAUGGAUGUUAGGUAAAAAAAUGUGUACACAGUUACACAGUGGAUUGAAGAAAAGCUAGCAUUGAAACACGUCUUGUCAAAACAAGAAGUGAGUAAGUGAGAAGCAUGAAAUGAAAUGAAGAAAAUAAAUAAAAGUUUUUGAGCUUAUACGGAAAGAGA